AUGGGCGGCGAGAAGGAACUAGAGCGGGUGCUCGUCAUUUUCUAUCAGCAGCACAUGCCUGAGAAGCUACAGAAGGACAUCGAGAGCAAAUUUCCUGAUGCCGAGGUAACAAUUCACAAGUCGCAGCAGGGUGUUCCUGUGCCCCCUGAGGUAUAUCAAAACGCGACUGUGCUUGCCACCUUCUUGGAUCUUCCAGAACUCAAAGAUGCGAAAAACAUCAAAUUGAUUCACACUUUCUCUGCUGGCUUGGAUCACUUGUUGCACCAUCCAAUCUUGCGUGAAAGCGACAUUGCAAUCACUACCAGCUCAGGCAUCCACGGCCCUCCCAUCGCGGAAUGGACUGUGAUGAAUUGGCUUGUGGCUUCGCGUAAAUAUGUUUCCACAUACGAGGCGCAGAAGUCACACGAGUGGCUGAAAACGCCUGCGUCUACGCGUGAUAUGCAUGACCAAGUGGGCAAAAAAGUGGGUAUCCUGGGAUAUGGAAGUAUUGGACGCCAAAUUGGCCGUAUUUCGCAGGCAUUGGGAAUGACCGUCCACGCUUACACAGCCUCCCCGCGACCAACACCAGAGUCGCGCCACGACAACGGCUACAUUGUCCCUGGAACGGGAGACCCAGAUGGCUCAAUUCCAGCCUCAUGGCACCACGGAACAGACCGGAACUCGAUCCGCGAGUUCCUGGCCAUCGGACUCGAUCAUCUGGUGAUCUCCCUCCCGCUGACCCCUCAAACCACCCAUCUUCUCGCAGCCGAAGAAAUCACCAUUUUGUCUGAAAACUGUCAUCACUAUGCCAGCAAGCCAUACGUGACGAAUAUCUCACGAGGCAAGGUUAUUGACCAGAAGGCCCUCGUUGAAGCGUUACACUCUGGUGUGCUGGGUGGUGCGGCACUUGAUGUCACGGACCCCGAACCUCUUCCUAAAGAUGAUCCUCUUUGGGAUGCGCCGAAUGUCCAAAUCAGUCCGCACGUUAGUUCUCAUGGAAAUGAGUAUUUCCCGCGUUCACUCGAUAUCCUCAAGGUGAACUUGGGGCGUAUGGCUAAGGGGGAACCAUUGAUCAAUGUUUAUAAACGGGGCAAGGGCUAUUAG